AUGUCUUUAAAAAAGCAGAAGAUACCAUGCACAAGCUGAAGCAGUUGGGCUAUGCUAGCACACUGGCGUACAAUGUUAUGAUGACCCUUUAUGCUAAAUUGGGAUAUCUUGAGAAGCUACAGUCACUUGUGCUAGAGAUGGAAGAUAAUGGAAUUUCUGGUGAUUUGAUUUCCUACAAUAUCCUCUUAAAUGUAUAUGCAUCUGUUCCCAAUGUUGCGGAGAUGGAGAAGGUUCUGAUGAAAAUGGAAGUUGAUCCUUUGCUGAUUGAUUGGAGUUCUUACGCAAUUGCUGCAAAGGGGUACCUGAAAGCUGGUGAUAUAGAAAAGGCUAACGAGUCAUUGAAGAAAUGCGAGCAUAGACUCAUGGGGAAAAGGGAAAAGCUUGGUAUUGACAUGCUCAUUACUCUCUAUACUAGUGUGGGAAACAAAGAUGAUGUCUAUCGUAUAUGGAAUAAAUACAAGAAAAAAGUUAAGCGUCACAAUUCAAGUUAUCAUUGUAUGAUACGUGGACUAGAAAAGUUGGAUGAUCUUGAUGGAGCAAAGGAGAUAUUUGCUGAGUGGGAAACAAACAGGGUACAGUUUGACAUUCGAAUUCCAAACUUGCUCAUAAUUGCUUACUGCAAGAAGGGUCAUAUGGAAAAGGCUAUAUCAAUCAUAGAGCAACUCGAGGAGAGUGGGAAGCAUCCCAAUGGAAGCACAUGGAAUCGUCUGGCACUCGGUUAUUGUGUACAAAUUGACACGGACAAGGCAGUGGAUACGAUGAAGAAAGCAAUCUUGGCUAGUCAGCCAGGGUGGAAGCCUCGCUUUCACAGUCUGGCUUCCUGUGUAAAGUACUUGCAAUCAAAAGGAGAUACUCAAGGAGAAGAAGAGCUUAAAGAUUUACUUAGAGUACGAGGUCUCUGCUCGAAAGAAUUUGAGAGGGGUUUAGAUAAGUAUAUUGAAAUUGGAAAUCUCAAGUCUGAGGCACUUAAUGAAAUAAACAUUGAGGAGAUUUGUUUUGCAGACUUUGACAGAUUUUCAGAAUUUUGGGUGAGCGAUCUGAGUUAUGAACGAUGUAAUAGUGAUGGAAUAGUUGUUGGACAAACGAUUUCUUUUGUAAAUCUCAAAUUCGCCAUUACAACUGAAUUGAAUCUCAAAUCUGCCAUUGAAACAACAGACAAGAUGGCUGGAGAGAUACUUUAUUUUGAUGCUACAUCCGGUAGAAUUGUACAUGUCAAAGUUGAGAAAAAGGCAUACUCUGGAUUUCUGGUAAGAAUGGUGAAACUUGUUCAACAAUCAUGGUGGAAAUUCAGUACUUGUUUUCUUAGGGUUUCUUCUUCAUAUUCUACAAAUACUGAAACCCUAGCCUCCUUAUUUUUGGCUAAUAAAGAUGAACAAUGUUUAAACCCCUUAACCUCGUCUCCAAAGAAUGCUCUGUACAGUAGGCUACUCUAUUUGACACGCUCUAAGGAGUCCGUCAUAUCAGUACUGGACAAAUGGGUUACUGAACAAAAUCCCAUUAAGUAUGAAGACCUACUGAUUAUCGUCAGACAGUUUCGAGCUUACCGUCGCUACAAUCAUGCCCUUCAGAUUUUUGAGUGGAUUAAGAAGUCCAAGGAUUUUGAUAUAUCGCCUAGAGAUUUUGCAGUCGAACUAGAUUUAGUAUCAAAAGCCCAUGGUCUGGAAGCCGCAGAGACGUAUUUCACUAGCAUUCCAGAUGAUUUAAGAACCUACCAGGUAUAUGGCGCUCUCUUGAAUUGCUAUGCUGAUGCAAAGGUCUUAAAAAAAGCAGAAGAUACCAUGCAAAAGCUGAAAGAGUUGGCCUAUGCUGGCACAGUAGCAUACAAUGUUAUGAUGACCCUUUAUGCUAAAUUGGGAUAUCUUGAGAAGCUACAGUCACUUAUGCUAGAGAUGGAAGACAAGGGAAUUUCUGGUGAUGCGAUUUCCUACAAUAUCCUCUUAAAUGCUUAUGCAUCUGUUCCCGAUGUUACGGAGAUGGAGAAGGUUCUGAUGAAAAUGGAAGCUGAUCCUCUGCUGAUUGAUUGGAGUCCUUACACAGUUGUUGCCAAGGGAUACUUGAAUGCUGGUGAUAUAGAAAAGGCUAAUGAGUCAUUGAAGAAAUGUGAGAAUAGACUCAAGGGGAAAAGAGAAAAGCUUGGUAUUGACAUGCUAAUUACUCUCUAUACUAGUAUGGGAAAGAAAGAUGAUGUCUAUCGUAUAUGGAAUAAAUACAAUAAAAAAGUUAAGCAUCACAAUUCAAGUUAUCAUUGUAUGAUACGUGGACUAGAAAAGUUGGAUGAUCUUGACGGUGCGGAGAAGAUAUUUGCUGAGUGGGAAACAAACAGGGUACACUUUGACAUUCGAAUUCCAAACUUGCUCAUAAGUGCUUACUGCAAGAAGGGUCAUAUGGAAAAAGCAAUAUCAAUCAUAGAGCAACUCGAGGAGAGUGGGAAGCAUCCCAAUGGGAGCUCAUGGAAUCGUUUGGCACUCGGUUAUUGUGUACAAAAUGACAUGGAGAAGGCAGUGGAGACGAUGAAGAAAGCAAUCUUGGCUAGUAAGCCAGGGUGGAAGCCACACUUCCACAGUUUGGCUUCCUGUGUAAAGUACUUGCAAUCCAAAGGAGAUACUCAAGGAGAAGAAGAGCUUAAAGAUUUACUUAGGGUGCGAGGUCUCUGCUCGAAAGAAUUUGAGAGGGGUUUAGAUAAGUAUAUUGAAAUUGGAAAUCGCAAGUCCGAGGCACUGAAUGAAACAGACAUUGAGGAGAUUUGUUGACAAUAGUAGGAAAAAACUAUGUCACUGGAUGUCGGAUUAUACGAUUCUCUAGAUUUUUAUCAUGAUCGCUAAUCAAAACUUUCUACUGCCUUUUAUUAAUUGGGGUUUUCAAUUGCUGCAUCUAAAAGAAUGAUCUUUGGCUCUGUUGUAUAGUUGCAGACUUGGCAGGUAGAAGUAGCGUUCAGUGGUCACUUUUCGGUCCUAAUUUUCGAAAAUAGGCAGUGUCAUGAUUCAUGGAGUUCAAAUUUGAAACUUCACUCACUCGUAGAAUUUGAAACUCCGCGAUAGUGGUUCUUUUUACAAGUUCCCUUCGUUACUUUUACAAGUUGUAACUUUUCUUCUUUUUUUGGGUGAGAAGUGACACCAGAAAAAGGAGAAAAAAGGGAAUGAUAAUUUAUUUAUUUCAUUUCUAUGCAAUUUAAAUAUAGUUUCUGCAGA